CACGCUUUCAUGCGAAAAAAUUGUGAAAAUUCAAGUAAAAAGUUGUAAAACAAGCGUAAAAGUAAUUUAUAAAGAUCCUUUAUACUAAAAUAGUAUGCGAAUUUGAAUUCAGUGCGCGCGUGUAGUGGUGAGCAUUGAAAUGAACAUGGAGACGGUCGUCGCUUUCAAUAAUGAGCUCUCCGGGCUCUAUGAUAGCCGGCCGCCCAUAUCAAAGGCUAAAAUGGCCGCCAUCACAAAGUCGGCAAUGCGUGCAAUCAAAUUCUACAAGCAUGUUGUGCAGAGUGUCGAAAAGUUUAUACUCAAAUGCAAGCCGGAGUACAAAGUGCCGGGCUUGUAUGUCAUAGACUCGAUUGUGCGACAGUCGCGGCAUCAGUACGGAACCGAAAAAGACGUAUUUGCGCCACGCUUUCAGCGCAAUCUGACCGAAACCUUUGCCAAUCUCUUCCGAUGCGCGCCCGAGGAUAAAAGUCGCAUUAUCCGCGUGCUAAACCUUUGGCAAAAGAAUAAUGUCUUUAAGUCGGACGUUAUACAGCCGAUAUUUGACUUGGCCGACCCGAAUCAUCCCAUUUAUCACCAAAUGCCACCAAUUGUCGGGCCGGGCAACCUCAACACAGGUCCAGGGCCUAGCGGCAGUAGUGGUACCCUAAAUCUGUCGGAUAUUUCCAGUAACAAUGCUGCCAACGGCCUUAAUACCUCUGGGAUGAGCAACAUGGACCUAAGUGCUGCUACCGACGACAAAUUGGGUGGUGCUAUGCCGGAUCUGUCGCUAAGCCAUGAGAAGUGCUCAAGUUCUAGCCGACGUCACAUGGAGCAGCAUUAUAUGAAACGCCAGCAGCAUCAGCAUAGCAUGGCGUCUAGCGUUUCUGCCGGAUCGAAGAGCCGUUUCGAUAGCGUGGGCCCCAGCAAGUCGCAUCACCACAAGUAUGGCAAAAGUAGCAGCUCGCACGAGCUGGACUAUGAUGUGCGUGAGAUAAUUGAUGAUGAGGAUGGUGACAUGCUGAUGGGCGAAGAUCAUCAUUGUAUGGGCGACGACUCGCCUCCUGGCUCAUCGAAUUUGCUAGAUAACAACAAUUUGAAGCAACUGCUUAAUGAUCCCAAUGUGCUGCGCCAGCUUCAGACGCUGCAAAACUUUCAAAAAUUUAAGCAGCAAGAAGAGAACCAAAAACAUCGCUACCAGGAUGAUGCACUGCAGCAGCAUUUGCAGAAUGUUCUUAAGGGCACAGCUGGCAUGCCGCCGGGCAUGGCUAUGGGAAUGGGCGGUCAUAACGAUGUGACGGAUAUGAACAAGGACGUGGAAUUCAUAUCGGAACAACAACCCAUUGAGGUUAUCAAUCUGGAUGGUGCCGAUUCCCGUAGUCCCACGCCCGACCGGGACCGAUACAAGCGUAGUCGACGGAGCAGCCGCAGUCGGUCACCCCGUAACCGUGGUGGUGGCGGCGGCGGUGGCGGUGGCGGCAAUGCCAAUGAUCGUGACCGCGGAAGUCGCCGGCGCAGCUCCCGCUCUCGUAGCCGGUCGCCACGUUCCAGCCGUAGGCGCGGGUCGCGCGAUCGUGACCGUAUGGAGCGCAGCACUCGCGACAAGGAGCGGGAUCGGGAGCAUGAACGUGAGCGUCGCAAGAAGGGUCUGCCCGAUAUUAAGAAGGAUCAUCUAAGUGUGUGCAGCACCACGUUGUGGGUGGGCCACCUCUCAAAGCUGGUAUAUCAGGAGGAAUUGUCAGACACUUUUGGCGAGUAUGGCGAUAUUGUGAGCAUCGACCAGAUUGUGCCAAGGGGUUGCGCCUUCAUCGUGAUGAAUCGCCGCCAAGAUGCGCACAAGGCCAUGCAAGCGCUAAAGAAUCACAAGCUUCAAGGGCGUGCCAUUACCAUAUCUUGGGCAGCCGGCAAGGGUGUCAAGAGUAAGGAGUGGAAGGAUUUCUGGGACCUCGAGCUCGGCGUCACAUAUGUGCCGUGGAGCAAGCUGAGUCCCGAUACCGACUUUGACAGUCUUGAGGAAGGCGGCAUGUUUGAUGAGGACACCAUGCCCAGCUGGAUGAAGCAGAAAAUAAAUCAGGCGAAAAAUGUCAAAGAAACAAAGGCGACUGUCCCUACCGCUGACCUCACCACGGCCCCGCCUGUGGCGCCGCCUAACUUGCUCUUCGGCAUUGACACAACACAGCCACCGCCAGUGGCACCGCCACAGCAUGGCGGGCCUGGGGCACCUCCGCCAGCACUGAUGGGCAUGGUGCCUGGUCAGUUCCAGAUGGCGCCGCCUUUGGCCGGACCGCCACCACAGCGCAUGAUGGGCCCCAUGGGACCCAUGAAUCAUCCAUUGGGCGGUAUGCCCAUGCCUCCAAAUAUGGUGCCCGGUAUGCCACCGCCAAUGAUGAUGCCGCCUAACAUGAUGCCGCCCGGCUUUCCGAGCAUGGGCGGUCCGCCGCCACAUCCCCUGGGACUGCCGCCAGGCGCACAGUUCCCCCCACCCGGUGCCGUACCGCCACCCAUGGCCACAAUUCCAACACCUGCGGUCUCUGGGGCUGGCAAUGUGAGCGACGAUCAAAUGGACAUAGAAAUGGAGCUUGAGGAUGCGCCGCAAUCCGUCCCGCCGCCGUCACAGCAGCAACAACAGCAACAACCACCGAACUUUAGCCAGCCGCCGCCUAUUUUUACAGGUGGCACAGCGCCGCCUAACAGCGCCGAAGUGGCUGCGGCGGUCGCAGCAAAUGAGUUGUUUCAGAGGGAUCGGACACGUGGUCCUGGCGGCGGCUCACGUUGGGGUGGCCGCGACGACAUUGUCGAGACGUCGGAUCGCUGGCGGAAUGAAAACGGCGCAGGUGGACCUCCUCCGCUUAGCGGAGCUUUCAAUGAGGCUCGAGCGCGCCUUAACCUAAACAGCAUGGAGCAUGGUGGCAUGCCACGUCCAGAAUUUAUGGCUGGUUUGGACUUCGAUAAUCGUUCUGGCGGUGGACCACGUGGCAUGGGACCAGGACCUCGCGGUGGGAACCAUAAUGGCGGCAACGGCGGAGGUGACUUCUUCCAGCCCAAUAUGAAUCAGAAUCGUUUCAAUCAGCCAACAAGUCUGAUGCAGAUGCGCAUACUGCCGCCAGCGGCGUUUAAUCAGCGCAUGGGUGGACCGGGCACGGGCAAUGGAGUUGGCCCCAUGUUUAUGCGUAAUCAAGGUGGCGGGCCAGGUGGCGGGCCAGGCGGCGGGCCAGGCGGCAGACAGCAAGGACCAGGCUUCUUCAAUCCACGCAAUCCGUUUAAUGAUAGCCAGCGGGGUCGCGGCGGCGGCAGCGGCGGUGGCGGAGGUCGCAGCAUGGGUGGCGGUGGAGGAGGAGGUCGCGGUGGCCGCUGGAGUGAUGAAGAGGAUGAUAACGGCAUAAACAACAAUAACAACAACAACAGCAACUUUAAACGUCGUGGAGGCGGUGGCCCAGGUGGCCCUGGCAAUCGGUUCCGUGGCGAUCGCGAUAGUGACGAUCGUCGCGGAGGCAAUGCACGUGGCGGACGGGGUGGGCCGCGUAGCGAAGAGCGUGAACGUGGACCCAACAACAAUAACAGACGUGGCUCGCGCGAUGACAGUAAUCGUCACUCAAUAAGCUCCACGGAUGAGAACGCAGUGCAAGGCAAACAAUCUUCGUUAGAGGCAGAUGAUUUUAAAAAUAAGCCGGUGGCAGCGCCAUCCGUGAAUAAUGUAGCGAAAUCAGCAGCAGUCGAUACCGAGGAGGAUUGGGAUAGAGAGCUGCAGGAAUACGAUGCGAGAAUGGAGGCGCAGCAAGCUGCGGAAAGCGCUGCUGCUGCUGCUGCUGCAGCUGCUGACGAUAGCCAGAUAGCGGAAACAAUGACCGAAACAGAGGCAUUUGCCAGACCAGUUGUGCAGGAGAGCAGCGAGGCGUCUAAGCCAAAGGCGCCAUCACCCGUCUGCACGCCCCUCUAUGAUGAGUUGCCGCCACCGUUGUCAGCAGCAUCAGCAACAGCGCCGCCGCCUCAGCAAGAUGAGCAGUCCGAGGAGCCGCAUCCAAAGAUCGAACAGCGGUUUACUGAAGAAAUUGCGCCAUCGCCUGCCAUACCGCAGCCGGAGGCAGCGCCCGCCGCAGAGAUUGAAUCAACGAAAGAGAUAACGGAAGCUGAGCCAGUUGCCAGUGCCCAGCCAGAAGUCGAGACAGACACAUAGAAUGCUGACUAAAUAAUUCAUUCGAAGCAACAAAAUGAACUUUCGAUGGUAAACAAGUGUGUGUUAGUCGAAAAAUGUGUAAUUUAUGAUUUCCUUACAAUAUGAUUUAUACAUGUAUGUUUGGUCUCACAACAUGCAUGCAAACAUUUAUAUAUUAUUAAAAUUUUAGCUUGAGAUUACGCAUUUGUUGAGACGCGAAGAGUCUGCACCAUUCUUGCUAGGCUAAGGCGCUUUAUUUUAUUAUUAUUAAAGUUUUCACUUCAAGGCUUAGCUGCCGCCAAACCACAAAACUAACCAACAAUCAGGGCGUCUCUGAUCCCUUAAGUCGGAUGCUAGAAAUUUUCAUUUUCCAUACAGUUAUGUAUGUAAAAAAAAAAAAAAAAUAAUAAA